AUACUGUGCAGGGCAGUAUUUUUGUAGAGAGAAAAGAAACUUCAUUAAGGAAAUCCAAAACUUGCAAAAUAUGUCUGGGAAACCCAAAUUGACCUAUUUCAACGGCAGAGGACUAAUGGAAUCCGUACGCUGGCUCUUAGCAGCAGCUGGAGUUGAGUUUGAAGAAGUAUUUUUGGAAACAAGAGAACAGUAUUUGAAAUUACGUGACGGUGGAUGCUUGCUGUUCGAUCAAGUCCCCCUGGUGGAGAUGGAUGGGCUAAAGUUGGUCCAGACCAAGGCUAUUCUCAAUUACAUUGCAGGGAAAUAUAAUCUCCUUGGGAAGGAUCUGAAAGAACGAGCACAAAUUGACAUGUACGCGGAAGGCACCAUGGACCUGAUGGGCCUUGUUUUGUACUACCCCUUUUCCUCACCUGAGCAAAAAGAGAAGCAACUUGCUGCCUUUAUCGAAAAGGCCAUGACCAGGUACCUCCCAGUCUAUGAAAAGGCUCUGGAACAUCAUAAGCAAGAGUUCCUAGAUGGUAAAUGCCUCAGCUUCGCAGAUAUACAAUUGCUUGAAGCAAUUUUAAUGUUGGAAGAGAGAAAAGCUGAUAUUCUUGUGCCAUUCCCUCAACUACAGGCUUUCAAAGCAAGGAUAAGCUCUAUUCCCACCAUUAAGAAAUUUCUAGAACCUGGAAGCCAAAGAAAACCAAUCGUUGAUGAUGCUUAUGUAGCUGUUGUGCUGAAGGUUCUUCAGCUGAAUUUCUCGUAACAUCAUGUCUGGUUGCCAGAACAUCAGAUAAUCAAGAAGAUUUCCAUGAGGCAACAAGAAACCCACUCCAACCUUUACAAGCUGUCCCAAAGGACUCCUUUUAUUACUUAACCUCAGAUGUUGAUACAUCUCCCACCCUGGUUUAUAUGCAAUGAUGUUUUGCCACAGAGCACUCCCCACCAUUGUUUAUCAUGGCACAGUGCUGCCAGAUGUGCUAAAUGCAUGGAGCUUACCUACCCCUCAUCUGGGGGAUAAUUGAGAAUCCUCUUUUUGUUUUCUAAAAGCAAAAGAUUAUCUGCUGGGACCAAAAACAAUAAAUGGCUUACUCUUUGGUGC